UUUUGAAAAUAAAUUAACAUCACAUAAUGUUUCCUAUGUUGAAUAUGUACAAUGUUAUGAAAAUUCCAAAUAUGUACCAUCCAGUGACACAUUCUUAACAGAACGUGGAGUUAAAUUACUUCGUGAAAAACAUUAUUCGGAAAUAGUUAAUUCGGAAAAUUUUAUUCUUCAAAACGAAAAAGAUUUUCGUGAAGGAAUGCAGACAGGUUUAUCUGACGCGGCAGGAUGCCCAAGUGACCCCUCUGAUUCCAAUGCUUUGUUGAUCGUUAAUAGAACACCGUGUGCUAAAGAAGGAAAUAAAACAAAUAAAACAAAAUCAAGUACUAUCGCAGAAGUGGUUGAUUAUAAUAGUGGAAAUUCUACGAUUAAUCUGCUAACACCAAAAUUAGCUAGAAGCCCAACCACAAUCGUACCUACUAUUCCUACAGGUCAAUCUUCUCGUCAACUAUUUCUAGAGAGGAGUCUAUCCCCUUCAGCGCCUUUAUCUGUAAAUGAAACCGUUUUUGUAUCAGCUUCAUCGUCAAAUCCAAACAUGACAAUUAAACGUGGACUUCAUAACCCCAGAAACAAUUUAUUAUCAGAAGUACUUGAUACUCAACAGCAUCGUUUACCUGUUACUGCACAAUACUCAGAUGAAUUAGUAGCUGCGCAAAAUGGUGAUUCGGACUCAUUUUCAUCAUCCAUGCCAGAAUUAGAAGGUGAUAUUUUCAAUAUAUCGGAAGUUCUUUCGGCAUUAUUACAUGGAGUGGAAGAAAAUGAAAAAGGAAAUGAUGAUCGGCAAAAUACGCAUUCGAAUAAUCGAACUGGAAUUAUUCUUCCGCCGAAUAAUAGAGAUAUAGGUAAACAUCCUUCCUGUAUGGUUAUCAUUCAUGUUUUGUUGGAAGAGUGA